AUGGCUGUGUUACCACUUACCGUCCGUCCGCUUCAGCCUCCUCCGGGCUCAAGCAUUGAUUUUGGUGCUGAGGUUGAAGGUGUUGAUUUGGAAAACUUGACUGAAGAGCAGUUUGCCACUAUUCGGAAAGCCCUCUACGAGCACCAGGUUGUGGUGUUCAAAAACCAGAAAGGGCUAUCACCUAAAGCCCAGUAUGAGCUGACCAAGCGAUUCGACCCGGUUUCCGAAAACUAUGGACAUGGCAAGACCAUUGAUGCGAAGCGAAGCAUCCUCCAUCCUGACCUCAAGACUGUCCCUCACCAGCCACAGGUGCAGGUGAUCGGAAAUGGACAUGUUGAUUCGUACGAGGGUCUCAAAGAUAUCACAUUACGACACCCUCACCACCGCACAUUCCACAAAGAUCACAUCCCGGACGAUAAGGACUAUGAUUUUACCCGGUUUUACCGCUGGCAUAUCGAUGCCGCCCUUUACGACCUAUACCCGCCCCAGGUGACAACGCUUAUGGCCGUAAGUGUGCCCAAAGGCCGCCGACAGACAUUAUUGUAUGAUGAUGGAACCGGGGAAACAAUGGAUGUACCACUUGGGACAACAGCGUUUGUUAGCGGAGAGCGGAUGUUUGAACUUCUUUCGCCCGAGGAUAAGGAGUUUGUGAAGACAAGCAAAAUUGAAUAUGCCCCCCAUCCGUACAUUUGGAUGAGCCAAGCGCAUUCCCGAUCUACGGGGCUCGGUCUACACUCAGAAGGACUCGAGUUGCCUGACUCGGAACUUCCACCUAUCGACCCUAGUAAGAUCAUGGUUUUCCCAAUGACCUGGAAAAACCCAGUGACGGGCAAAUUGGCUCUCCAGAUCCAUCCCUCUGCUGUACGGCGUAUCCACUGCGCCGAUGGAACCACGAUCGAUGACUUGGCCCGUGUACGGGACAUUGUCUAUAAGUUGCAGCGGCCGGCCAUCAGCCCUCAGUAUGUAUAUCCCCAUGACUGGGAAGAUAACGACUUGGUUUUAUUCAACAACCGUGGCGUGCUGCAUUCCGUGGUUGGUGCAUUCAAACCCGACGAAGUGCGACUGUUCCGUCAAUGUAACUUGGCGGCUUCGGAGCCACCAGUUGGGGCAUGA